AUGGCAAGUGAGGGAGAGAGUUUUCUAGCCUUAGUGCAUUGCUGUGGUAAAAUUAAAAAAAGUAAAAGCGAGGGUGUGAAGUUCACUGAUAGAGAACCACUGAGUGUUUUCAUCAGUUCGUCAAGCUCCUUAUCAGAUUUGAAGAACAGCAUCUUGCAGAAGCUUGGCGUGUUUGGUAGCAAGUGGGUGAAGAAAAUAUACUACAAUAUCCCCAUCGCAGUUGUCUCGACCGGUGUUAAGUAUGAUACCUUUGUGGUUAAGGCUGAUGAAGAUCUUAGGGUUUUGUUCCAUUGCGUAAGGAGUUUUCCGGAGAUCAGAAUCCAUGAGUUGUUCGCGAAGUUGGAGGUCGGUGUUGAUAGUUCUGGGGCAUCCGCUCCAGUUCCUGGCUCCACUGCCGCCGGAGGUGCAUCUUCUUCCAUGCCUACCGUCAGACCGUGUCAUCAGCCGAUAGCAUCCCCUUCAUUCGCAGUGGAUUUAGGCCGAGGAGAGGUCGUUGGUUCUGUAACUUUGGAGAAUGCACCAGUCGAUGAGCCUCCUCACGAUGUGGGCACUGGGGGUGGCCUGUUAACUUAUAUGGAAGGCUUUGGUGGACCCGAUCGAGUAGAGAACGCAAUGUGUGACGAUGACUCUGAGCAGGAGCCUGUUGAUAUCGCAGGGGACAGUGACGAUGAGACAGGUGCAAAUCCACAUACGCAGAAUAUGCCUUCAAGUUCUGCCUCUCAACAGUACCCUCCACACUUCUCGACACUAAACUUGGAUGCUCUGGCUCAACAGGAGGACGGAGGUAACAUAGUCGGGGGCUCUUCUACAGAAUUUCAGAUCGGGCAAUCAUUCCAAAACAAGGAUGAAGCUGUGCUGAGUGUGAAGGACUAUAGCAUCCGGCGAGGUGUUGAGUACAGAGUCAUUGAAUCAGAUCAUCUGAAGUAUCAUGGAAAAUGCAAGGAAUUCGAGAAGGGUUGUACUUGGUUGAUUCGAGUAGCCCUUCAACAUACAUCCAUCACUAAAACCAUCAAAUAUAACUUAUAA